AUGCUUUGGCCAAUAUUCCUAUGGUUACUAAUUGAGACUUGCAAAGCAACCGAUACUGGGUGUUUUGAUAAGGCAAAAUCUUGUACCAAAAACACUUGCUCUAAAUUCCCGGAAUUCGCUCGAACUAAUUGUGCUAAAACAUGUGGUUUGUGUGGAUCAGAAUACAGUCAAUCUUCUCCCUGUAUUGACAAAAAUCAUGACUGUACAGCUGAAAUAUGCCGUAACUACCCACUGACUGCUAAAGAUCUGUGUGCGAAGACUUGUGGAUUCUGUAAAUCUGACUCUUCCUCAAUCAUGACUUCUAGUACUUAUACGGCAUCAUCUAGUCAUCAUGCUUCUUCCAAUCUUAACAGUUUGGGGAAAACAACGGGAAGUAGUACAAGCAGCAAAAGCUCUUCGUAUCAUUCUACAAGACUUAGCAAAGAAAAAGAAUUGGAAUGCGUCGAUUUGGACUUUGACUGCACCAAAGAAACAUGCAACAUGUAUCCUUACACAUCUAAAAUUAAAUGCGCUAAAACUUGCGGAUUCUGUAGCUCUGGUGCUACUACUUUGUUGACAUCGUUAACUCCCUCAUCACCAAGUCGGCAUUCUUCUAGUGGUGGUUAUAGCAAUUUUGGUGGAGAUGCAGCAAAAGGUAACAUGGGUAGUAGCAGAAGUACACAUCAUUCUACUGCAUUUGAAGGUCACAGUUCAUCUGGUAACAUAGGCAUUCUCUCUAAAGGUAAAGAGAUUGAAUGCGUUGAUCUGAACUUUGACUGCAAUCAACAAACAUGCAAAGAUUUUCCGUAUACUGCUAAAGCACGAUGUGCAAAAACAUGCGGAUUUUGUAAUAAAGGAUCAGUUCAGAGUACCGAUAAUCGAAGAGAAUUGAAUGUAUUAGAUUCGUUAACGCACAAUAAAAAAAAUGAUAAAAUUGAACUAAUUCCAGACGACAAUUUGCAAAAAAAAGGUAAAUCUUUGGCAAAUGAUGAACAGUGCAAAGAUAGUGAUCCACACUGCUCGCAACAAACUUGCUUAGAUCGACCAUAUACGGCACGUAUGAAGUGUGCAAAAACUUGCGGAUUUUGUGAAAAAGUAGAUCCGAAGGGAUCAUUAAUUGAUCUGAGACAACCAUCGGUAGAUAUUCCUGAUGAGGACGGUACUAUUACUCUUGAUGAUACUCGUGACACCACUGAGAGAGGUUCUGCUACAAGUCAUUCAGUGCAUACUAAAAACCGAGUAACUGCUACCACAAAAGAUGAAUCUCGUUAUCGUUCAUCUGAGAGACUACUUUCAUCCUCAGGAAAUGAACUUCAAUCAACCACAAAACAACCUUCAGGAACCAAAACCAGAUUUCCCGGUAGAAAAGGUCCAUGCCGUGAUGAAAAUCAGUACUGUACGAGUGCUGACUGCUACAAGUAUCCAUAUUUUUCUCAAAGAUAUUGUGAAAAAAUGUGCGGUUAUUGCUAG